AUGUCUUACGAAGAACGGCCAGCCAAGCGUAUGCGGAUCAACAAUACUGGUAACCAUGAAAGCGAGAUCACAGAAGAUGAGGUGUUCUACUCGCCUGCCUUUGAAAGUGCAAAUGCCCUGGGAAUGGUUGGACGGGAAGUAUAUGAAUGCUGUUAUGGGAUGUUAAGCGACAUCGCCGUAAAGAAACUAUGCAGUUCAGAGACGCAUUCAAGCCCUAUACGUGUCGAAUUUCGUAGUCCUAAUCGUCUUUCCUCGGGUGAUGAUCAUCACUCAACUACCUUCGACAUAUCAGGAUUUGCAUCGGCACAAAUCCUCAAUGACUUGGCAAGUGUUCCAGAAAUUAAAACGCAGUUAUACUGCCAUUCAAAGAUUGAAUUUGACCAUGGCGGACCCAGUCGACGGAUGAUCAAACGUUCUGGAAAAUUGCUUGGACUGUGGUUUUUGAACGUAAUCAUCUUUGGUCCACAUCGUUUUGUUGAAAAGAUAGGGGAAUACUUAUCAAUCAGAAAGAUGUAUCUUCAAGAUACACUCGGUUGUGAACGGUGCGUCCCGUACCGUAAUCCCCAUGCUAUGACCCCCGACACGGAGGAAGUUGUGAUGACAGAUUUAUCUAUCUUGGCUCCCGGAUAUCACGAUGUAGAGGAAUUAAAAUCCGGACCAGAUCUUCUAGCGCAGUUGAUGGAAGGAGAGGCUCCUUUGAGAGAGACUGAGGCACCCAAAAUUGUGAAGGCCUCCUUAUUCAGGCAUCAAAAGCAAGCUUUGACUUUCAUGCAGCGUCGCGAGGAAGGUUGGAAUUUUGAUGAUGCAGUUUCUGACAUAUGGAGUUGGCGGACUUCAAACCAAGCUUGCCUAAAUUAUGAAUUACCGCAAGCUCAUCCUCGUUCUUCUGAAUUGGGGCUUUCGAGUAUGUCAAAGGCUACACUACUUAUUGUUCCUCCAGCAUUACGGGAGCAUCAGUUCCGAUUGCAGUUCGAUGUUGUUAUCACUACAUACCACACUAUUGCGGCUAUUUGGAAGCAUCACAGCGCUCAUCAAGAUGAUGAAUCUCUAUAUUCUUUCACUUGGCAUCGCGUAGUUCUAGAUGAAGCUCGAGCUUGUUGUGCUCUCAAAGCAACAAGACGAUGGGCGAUAACCGGAACUCCUAUUCAGAACAAACUUGUGGACUUCGCCAGCAUUGUAAAGUUUCUGCGCGUUCAUCUUUAUUCCGAUACAAGAAUUUUUGUAGAAGAGAUUACAAAGCCAUUCAGAAAUUCUUCCUCUAUGGAUGCUAAAGGGCUUUUACGACACAAAACACUUGUACGGGCCAUUACCAUCAGUCGCACGAAGGCAGUCAUUGAACUUCCAUCACGUGUUGACGAGAUUCACCAUCUCAAUUUUACCUCGGCUGAGCGAGAGAAGUAUGAGGCUGAGAAAUUGCGAGCGAGAGUGGAGAGAUCAAUCUCUUCUGGGAAUCAGAAUGGAAAAACAUUCAAUGCGCUGGCACUACUCAACCGCUUACGUCUGAUCUGCAACCACGGCCUAUUGCAGCUUACACCUACUAAAGAUCAUAUGGUGUCUCAAGGAAGUGAAGUUAUUUCUUGCUCCAUGUGCGGCGACUAUCUACAGGAAGAGGUCUUUGGUGGCCCUUUUCCUCCCGGCAUUGAUAUUCAACGUCAACCAUUAUGCGAACAAUGUAUUCUUCAAGAAGGAGACAACUGUGACCGAUCGCCGAGUAACAGUUUGAACUUCACAAAUACAGCAGAAGAUUUGAGAUCUGUAACACCACCAACAGUUACAGAUAUUGCAUUUUCUAUCCAGCACAUGUCGACAAAAAUCAAUGCUCUUCUAGCAGAUCUCCGUAAAUACAAGAGUGCCGAAAAAAGUGUUGUGUUUUCAUACUGGACUAACACGCUUGAUCUUGUGCAAAUGAUGCUGGAGAAUCAAGGAAUACACUACACAAGGAUUGAUGGGACAAUGUCUCUGUCCAAAAGAAAUGAGGCUUUGGGUGCUUUCAAGAACAAAGAUACUGUUCGCGUAAUUUUUGUCUCAAUCACUUGUGGUGGUGCAGGGCUCGAUCUUACCACUGGGUUGAGAGCAUAUCUUCUCGAACCACAUUGGGGCCCCAUGAUUGAAGAACAAGCUCUCUGUCGUGUACAUCGAAUUAGUCAGAAGCGUAAUGUUACUACCAUCAGAUAUUUGAUGCAUGAUUCGUUCGAAGAGCAAAUUGUGGAUCUUCAAAAGAGAAAGAAGAUGCUUGCAGAUGUUACGUUUAGUCAAAAUUGUAUCUCAGAGGCUGGCGUCGAUAUGAGUAUUUUACAAUACUUGAGAUCUGUUCUUGAGUAA